GACCCUGUCGCUAUUCGUUACUGCCCUGUGACCUUUUUUCUCCUCAUGUUACCGUACCGUAUUUGUUUUCCAUCGUUACUGUGUUGUAUCCUACCUUUCCUUUACGCCCCGUCAUUUUAUUUUACCUAUGGCAGCCCAUUUGGUAACCCCUGCAUCCUUCACGAAUAUUUUUCCUAACCGCGCCGAUUUCGCUUUGUUGUAUUAUUUCGUUCACGAGUUCUGUCGCCACCGCCGCCGUGUGAGGUCGUGUACCGCCAGUGUGCUAUCUGCUGCCACCACCGCCACCAAUAUAAUUGAAGUGCUCAUAUAUUCAAGUUUUUUAAGUCAAACCAGAGAGCCGGCCCUAUUUAUUUCAUUUUGAUUUUCAACAUAGUCCUCCGGGCCGGAUGACUUUUUGAUUUCUGUUAAAUUUGCUUCUUUGAUGAUUUGCUGAUUGAUUUUGACUGAUCAAGACUGAGAUUGACUUGUGAAUUGUGUAUAUCAAGAUGGAGCGUGAGGCACAGCUUAAACAGAAAAGGACUGUGGCUCGAGGUAAGGCAACCAGACUGAUGAAAGAGCUUGCCGAAUGUGAUAAUUCUCAAGAGGACGACCUUGCCUUGGCAAUACACCACCUUGAGCAGCACGUUGAUCUGAUGACCGAGAUCCAGGUGAGCCUGACAAAGCUGUCUGUGCCUGAUGAUACCUCGCAUGUUCAGGAUAUGCAGGAUCAGAUUUUCAAAGCUAAGCGUGUGCUUGCUCGUCUGGAAAGGAGCUCUGAGGUCUCUGUUGGAAGGGCUCAGUGUGUGCCACCUUACCUGGGGGGAAAGCUGGACCUGAAGCUGCCCAAGUUCUGUGGGGAUGUGGAAAAGUGGUCAGAGUUCUGGAGCCUGUUCUGUGUAUCUGUCCAUGACAACCCUGCUUAUGCACCUGUCGAAAAGCUGGUGCACUUGAAGGCGCACCUCGUCGAUCAGGCAGAGGUGGCUGUGCAGGGUCUUCCCAUCACUGACCAGGGCUACUUGAAGGCUGUGGAGACCCUGAAGGAAAGGUUUGAUCGCCCAGAUUUGUGCAUUAAGGUGCUGAUGCAGAGAUUGUUGUCCACCACCCCUGUGCACAGUGACAAUGACUUGGUCCGCUUGCGCCGCAUGAUUGAUGGGCUGGUUUCUGAGGUCAGGGCGCUGGAGACGAUGAACGUGUUGCCUGACUCAUAUGCUGUCCUGCUGAUGCCUGUGCUAUUGUCGUGCAUCCCUGAGUCAUGGAAGAUUGAGUGGCUGAGAUGCAGUGCUGACUCAUCUGAUGAACUCACAGUCUUCCUGAAGUUCCUGCAGAAGGAGAUGAGCAUCAGGGAGGAGGCAGCUGCUCGGAGGAAGAGGAUCACCAGUGAGCAGCCACCUACCGCAGUACCUGGGAAGCCGACAGUCAGCAUGCUGAACGUGAGGCAGAAGAAGGGACCUGACUGGGUAUGUCUGGCAUGCGGAACGGGUAAGCAUGGCCUGGCUGCGUGUUCGGCCUACCGCACCAUGACUGUGCCUGUUCGCUGGGAUGUUGUGCGCCGGGCUAAGCUCUGCUACCAGUGUCUUGGCCCCCAUCUGCUGCGUGCUUGCCACAGCACCCGAUGCCCGUGGUGUGGUGGCCCGCACCACUCGUCAUUGCACCCACCGCCAGGAGAGCAUGCAGCCCUCAUGCCUACUGAGAGAUGUGUACCUGAUCGCGGACCUCUGUCACCCCCUGCCGCUGCUGCUGUGUCUGAGAGUCGCAUGCCUGAUCGCAGACCAUUGCCACCCCCCGCUGCUGCUGGUACUUUUUCUGCCAACCAGGGACGGAUGUGCAUGGGCGUGCGGAGCCAGCAGCACUGCUACGUGCAGACAGCGCUCGUGGAGGUGGCUGGUCCUCGGGGCGUGCGUCUAGUACGCGCGCUGAUUGACGGCGGGGCAGACGCCUCCUUCAUCCGGGCUUCACUGGCUGACCAGCUGGGACUCGAGAAGGUCGGCCAGGGGACCUUCGCGUGCGUCGGAUUCAAGGAGAGAGUUGAGGAGGCUCACCAGUACGACCAAGUAAGCGCGCGGCUCACUGGAUACCAGAAAGGUGAGGCCGAGCUUGUGUUCUGGAGAACUGAUAAGCUGUGUGCGCCCGUGGGAGCUCCACCACCCAUUCAGUCUCUGCCCCCAAGUGUAGAGCUUGCUGAUGACUUCCGUGACGGACCUGUUGAUGUUCUAAUUGGGUGUGAUCAGCUGUACAAGGUGGUGUUGUGGAACCAGGUGGAGGUGAAUCCUGGCCUCCGGCUGGUGGAGACUGUGUUUGGGUAUGUGCUCCACGGACAGUCCCCAGGCCAGCAGACGACCCGGCAGCGGCACGCCUACCGCUGUCAGCUGGUUGACGUCGAGCGAAUGUGGACGCUGGACGCUGUGGGAGUCGCCGCAGAGGAGACCGCCGAGAGAGACCCACCUGUACCGACUUGGAACGCCACCGAGAACAGUUUCAGGAGUACGAUGACCACCUGCAUCAGCUGCUGGAAGACGCCGUCAUCGAGCCCGCGCUGCCGAGUCCACCAUCAGAGUUCAUCUUACCGCAUCGAGGACUGCACCGCAACGGCAAACUGCGAGUGGUGUUCGAUGGAUCAGCGCCAGACGGUGCAGGUAUGAGCCUGAACUCCUACCUUGAGCCGGGAGAGAACCUGCUGCAUCGUUUACCAGCUGUGCUACUUAACUUCCGUUCAGGAGCUGUGGGUUGUCAGACGGACAUUCGUGCAGCUUUCCAUCAGAUUGUACUCACUGAGGAGGACCGUCAGUUCGUGCAGCUACUGUGGGCGGGCCAGCGGCUGAGGUUUCGCAGGGUCCCGUUUGGACUCACCUGUUCGCCCUACAUGCUGCUGUGCACUAUCGCUGAGCACGUCCGCCGGUGUCUGCGCGAUGAACCUGUUCUGUUGCAGAAGGUUCAGGAUUCCGUCUACAUGGACGACAUGUGCCCGUCCUUCAGUACGAGGGCGGAGGCAGAGGCCGGACUGACGAAGAUGGGUGACGUCUUCAGCGAGGCCUCCAUGGAUCUUCACAAGACCAGGAUGUCUGGUGACGACACUGAGGACGAGAAGGUGCUCGGCCUACUGUGGAGCACAAGAUCGGAUCGUCUGGCCGUGACCGUGCCACAGGUGACCUGCCCUGGCACCCGGACUGAGCUGCUAUCUGCUGUGAGUAGACCGUUUGAUCCGCUCGGCGUGGUGACGCCGUGGCUGAUCUGGGGGAAGGCCCUGUUUCAGCGUACCUGGCUUGACGCUCAAUGCACAUGGGAUAGUCCCCUGAGUGGGGAGCUGCAGACCGAGGUCCGAGCCUGGUGGAGAGACUCGCCGGGGAGGGUGAUCUGGUUCCCUCGCCUAGCCGGAGCGCGUGACGAUCAGUCCGGAGCGACUUUUCACGUGUUUUGUGACGCGUCUCGGACCGCCUACUGCGCGGUGGUGUAUGUGGUCCAGGGUGGGGAGCCUGCCCUGGUGAUGUCUAAGAGUAGGCUGGCCCCCCUGUCUCCACAUCUAACGAUCCCCAGGCUGGAGCUGAUGGCCGCUGUUGUUGGAGCCAGGUUGAUGGACUUCAUCAAGAACGCGCUGCAUCUGGAGAGCGCAACAGUCACCUACUGGUCCGACUCGACCGACGUGCUUCACUGGCUCAACCGGAGGCGGCCUCUCAAGAUGUUCGUGGAGAACCGGGUGAAGACUGUGCUUCAGUUGACGACCGCCGACCAGUGGAGGUACGUCAGAGGCUCUGAUAACCCCGCUGACAUAGGCACGAGAGGGGUAACGCUGACCUCUCUCAUCGCCUGUGACAAGUGGUGGAAGGGUCCACCAUUUGAUUUGAGUCCGUCUGACUAUGAUGCCUCGUUAGUGCUACUGACGCCUCCCUCAGCAGAAGCCGAAGCAGAGACGAGGCCCGAGGUCAGACGUCAGGUCGUGACCGUGAGACGAGGGCGUGGCCCUGAUCCGAUUCCGGACGUCAUGCGUGGACCGUUUGAUGUGACUCAGUGUUCUCAUCUCAAGCAGGCAGUGAACCGCACCGCGUGGAUUCUUCGUUUCGCGCACAACGCCAGGCACCAGCGCACUGAGAGGAGGAGUGGAGCGCUGUCACCCGAGGAGCGCCGGGAGGCGCUGCGGUUCUGGAUCCGGGUCUCGCAGAGUGCCGCCUACGCGCCGGAGCUGGAGGCGCUGACGGCUGGCGCGCCGCUGCCACCCAACUCGCGACUCGAGAAGGUCAGACCUCGUCUAAACGCAGAUGGUGUCCUAGAAGCAGUCACGCGAACUCACGAACCUGCUCUGAUCAUUCUGCCUGAGUUUGCCCAUCUGACCACCUUGAUAGUGGAUGAUGCACACCGUAAAUCGUUUCACCAGGGUACCCGCACCACACUGGCACUGCUGUCUGGUGAAUACUGUGUGAGGAGACGAACUGUUCAUCGUGUGGUCAGUACAUGCUUCAGGUGCCGGAGGUACCGGGGUGCGCCGUACCGGUCAGCUGAUGGCGCGCUGCCCCUGUUUAGGACGGAGCCCAGCCGUCCGUUCAGCCGGGUCGGUGUGGACUUUUUCGGUCCGAUGUACGUCAAGGGCGGCGACAAGGUAUGGGUACUGCUGCUGACCUGUGCCUCGUCGCGAGCUGUGCAUCUCGAACUGUGUAAGACUCAGAAUGUCGCUGACGUCAAGCUGGCUUUGCGCCGCUUCUUUGCGCUACGUGGCACGCCAUCGCUAGUUGUGAGUGACAAUGCCAGAACGUUUCAUGCCCUGCUCGGGCACCUACCUGCCGCUGUGACCUGGCGCUUUGUACCCGAGGCGGCGCCCUGGUGGGGCGGCUUCUGGGAACGUUUGGUCGGGAUAACCAAGAAGUCCCUGCGCAUUACCCUGCACCAGUGUUAUCUUACCCAUGAGGAGUUGGCAGUCACCCUGUAUGAGUUGGCGUUACAACUGAACUUCCGACCUCUCACCCCAGGUGACGACGACGUGCUGACGCCCGCGCACCUGUUGUUCGGGGUCACGUCCAUCCGUGGCGUGCUCUCUCCGUCUGGCCACGAGCUGGACAGCCUGAGUCGGCGCUGGCGGCACCAGCGGCUGGUCAGCGAGCACCUGGUUCAGCGAUGGACCAAAGAGUACCUGCAGACUCUACGCACGUGGAGCUUCUCUCGGCGCGGCCGUCCGGUUCGGCUGCCCGAGGUCGGAGAGAUUGUGCUGGUGCACGCAGAAGGUCCGCGUGGUCGCUGGCCUCUGGCGCGCGUGGUGUCCCUCCUGUCUGGAGCGGACGGCCGCGCUCGCGCGGCGAGUAUCGUGCUAAGAGGGCGACUUACCCGCCGCCCGAUUAACAAACUGUUGAGACUAGAGGCGUCUGAGUGAAGUGAGCGUCGGCGAGGCGAAUGCCGAAAAAGUGACUGUGCCGAGUGAGGAGACUUUUCGAAGUGACGGCUCACUUCGAAAGUGGGGAGUAUGUCGCUAUUCGUUACUGCCCUGUGACCUUUUUUCUCCUCAUGUUACCGUACCGUAUUUGUUUUCCAUCGUUACUGUGUUGUAUCCUACCUUUCCUUUACGCCCCGUCAUUUUAUUUUACCUAUGGCAGCCCAUUUGGUAACCCCUGCAUCCUUCACGAAUAUUUUUCCUAACCGCGCCGAUUUCGCUUUGUUGUAUUAUUUCGUUCACGAGUUCUGUCGCCACCGCCGCCGUGUGAGGUCGUGUACCGCCAGUGUGCUAUCUGCUGCCACCACCGCCACCAAUAUAAUUGAAGUGCUCAUAUA